UUUUAAAAGUUUUAGGUAUACGUACGUACUAACAAUAAUGCUUAAUCAUACGGUGAGUUUUCACCAUUUUUGGGUGACAAUAGCACUUGUAGUCGGAACUUUGGCUGGAAUGAGCAAACUUUCCGAUAUCCAUGAGAAGAAAAUUGAGCAACGAUUGAAACAACUCAACAAACCUGCCGUUAAAUCUGUCCAUAGUCCAGAUGGAGAUAUUAUUGACUGUGUAUGGAUCUAUCACCAACCUGCUUUUGAUCAUCCUUUACUUCAAAACCACAUCAUUCAGAUGAGGCCAAAAAGUGACUCGUUAAGGGACAAGACUGGAGAUAAGAAGACAGACGUUAUACUUCAAUUGUGGCGCACGAAAGGUGAAUGUCCUGAGAACACUAUUCCCAUCAGAAGAAAAACAAGAGAUGAUCUGUUAAGAUCAGAUUCCAUUGAAACUUAUGGAAGAAAGAGCUCAGCAACCAUUUCUCCAACUAUUUAUCACCUCCACGGUGAUCAGACGGAAGUUCAUGAGCAUGCGUGUGUGUACGUCGAUUAUGGUGAAUUCCAUGGCAGCAAAAGCCGUAUAAGUAUAUGGAAACCAAAUGUUUUAAAUACGGGCGAGCUUAGUUUGGCUCAAACAUGGGUCACCAGUGGAGAUUGGGACACUGGUUUAAACACUCUGGAGUCUGGUUGGCAGAUCCUACAUGGUUUGGACGGUGACAAUAAUCCAAGAUUUUUCACCUAUUGGACGAGCGAUUCAUACGGAGAGAUCGGCUGCUACAACCUUGACUGCCCAGGCUUUGUUCAAGUGAACAGAUAUAUUUCUCUUGGUGCAGCUUUCAACACUAUCUCGACCUACAAUGGUGACCAAUAUGAUUUUCAUCUAACUAUCGAGAAGGAUCAAGAUACCGGACUUUGGUGGCUUAAGUUUGAGACAUAUCUAGUCGGAUACUGGCCGAGCUUCAUAGUUCCAAAGCUAGCAGAUUCAGCACGGAAGAUCGCAUGGGGAGGUGAAAUUGCGCAUUAUGUUGAAGGCAGACGGGAACACACGCUACCGCAAAUGGGGAGUGGCCAUUUCGCAGAAGAAGGUUUUAAGAAGGCGGCUUAUUUCAAUAGCAUAGAGUACAUCGAUAAAUCUAAUAAUCCCAUCACACCCUUUCCCCAAAAUCUCGAAGCAAUCGUUACUCGGCCCGAAUGCUAUAACCUCAAGGUUGGCUCUAGCCGAAGGUGGGGAACUUACAUUUUUUAUGGCGGACCUGGACAUAACCCUCAAUGCCUAUGACUCAUCUUUAAUUUGGCUCUAGCCGAAGGUGAGAGAUUAUGUUAACUAGAUCUUUAAUUUGUAUUUUUACUAGAGAAAUGAAGUACCCGUCGAUGCGUUUGAUUUUGAGAAGAGAAUUAUUCUAAACUUCUAAUCUUUUGAAUAUACUAAUGUAACUCCUCAAAAU